UCGUCUGGCAAGACAGUGGGCUCCGAGUCAACAGGCACGACAGUGGGCACCGGGUCAUCAGGUAUCGGAUUGUCUGGCUCGACAGCGGGCAUCGGGUCACCAGGUAUGACAGCGGGCACUGGGUCACCAGGCAUCAGGUCAUUUGGCUUGCCAGCGGGCACCGCGUCAUCUGGCAAGGCAGUGGGCACCGGGUCACCAGGUAUGACAGGCUCUGAGUCAAUUGGCACGACAGCGGGCACUGGAUCAGGUACCGGAUCAUCUGGAUCAACAGCGGGCAUCGAGUCAACUGGCCUAAUAGGAUCGUCGGGCUGGAUCAGUUCAUCAUGCUGAGUAGCGGCAUCAGGCUGAGUAGAGGCAUCAGGCUGAGUAGAGGCAUCAGGCUGAGUAGAGGCUUCAGGCUGAGUAGAGGCUUCAGGCUGAGUCACGGAAGGCAGGUUCACCGGGUUAAAGGCAGGAUAGGUGCAGCGAGUGGGAACAGGGUACUGACAUGCGGUAGAUAGC